AUGGUAACGCCGAAUGAGACCAUUCAUACGCGGCUGGAGGACAUACCGAAUUACUUAGUUGAUCCGAUUUCGACAUGGACGUUCGUGUUGGUUUUCUUGGAGUUGCUGAUACUCGAUGAGAAGACGUAUGCGUUUAACGACCACGUCACGUCUAUAAAUUCCGGAAUGAUGUAUAUCCUCUUAAAAAUCGGUGGUCGUGACAUAUCGGCUUGGAUCUAUCCGAUAGUGUACGAUCGAGUGCAUAUCAUAGAUCUGCCUAACGAUUCGGCCUUAACAUGGAUACUGUGCUUUUUCACGCAAGAUUUCAUGCUUUACAUCGCUCAUCGAGCUAUACAUGGUAAGUGCGCAGUAAGGGAAGUAAAGUGUGAAACCAAAAUGUUGCCUUCAUGGGUAGCACUAGUUACACCACAAGUCCAAUUUGGCUUCUGUUCUUGA